UUUUACACACAGCUCCUCCUAAACCAUCAACUGUCACCUCCAGACCUCAUUUCUCCACAAACCUCUCUGCAACGUCCUCCAACAUCUCCACAACCCUCCCAAACCCCUCUGCAACAUUAUCUAACAUCUCUACAAUGUUUCUGACAUCUGGUGAAAUCAGUGUUCACUCUUCGUCAAGAGCAGAUGAUCCUACAUUGGACUCUCCUGGUGCAGGACAUAGUCAGAGGGCUGGUCUGAUGGUGUGGCCCAGUGCUGGUCUGGUAGUCAUGGUGACAGUGUUAGGACUGGUCCUGCUCCUGUCCUACAGACAGAGGAGAGGAACCAGGAGAACACCACCACCAGUCUCCUCCAACACACAACCUGACCCUACUGGAGAGCUGAGAGAUACAAGGGUUGACUGUGUGUAUGAGGAGAUCAGAGAGGCAGACAGACAGACAGACACACUCCCUGUGGUCAUCUCUUCAGUCAACUCCAAUGUCAACUCACCUACCAACUCUACAUCCUACCCUGCUGGCCAAGUCUCUACAACCUACCCUGCCAGCCGACCUUCUACAACCUACCCUGCUGGCCAUGCUACCAGUGUCGCACACUGUGACAUCUAUGCUAACGCUAGCUGCCACAAAGAUGAUAUAAAUCCAAGCUAUUCUACUGCAGAUCAAACAGCUUCUCUCAUCUACUCCAGUGUGGAUCUACCCAAAGAUUCUGGAGUCUCUUCAAGACCUCCAACAGCCAGUGGAUCCCAGGAUGAUUCCAUCUAUUCUACAGCCCAGCUACCCAAAGAUACUGUAGAAUCUACAAGAUACCCUGCUGUACACCUCUCUAAAGACACUCCAGAAGAUGCCAUCUACUCUACAGCCCAACUACCCAAAGAUACUGUAGAAUCUACAAGAUACCCUGCUGUAGACCUCUCUAAAGACACUCCAGAAGAUGCCAUCUACUCUACUGCCCAGCUACCCAAAGAUACUGUAGAAUCUACAAGAUACCCUGCUGAAGACCUCUCUAAAGACACUCCAGAAGAUGCCAUCUACUCUACAGCCCAGCCACCCAAAGAUACUGUAGAAUCUACAAGAUACCCUGCUGAAGACCUCUCUAAAGACACUCCAGAAGAUGCCAUCUACUCUACAGCCCAGCUACCCAAAGAUACUGUAGAAUCUACAAGAUACCCUGCUGAAGACCUCUCUAAAGACACUCCAGAAGAUGCCAUCUACUCUACUGCCCAGCUACCCAAAGAUACUGUAGAAUCUACAAGAUACCUUGCUGUAGACCUCUCUAAAGACACUCCAGAAGAUGCCAUCUACUCUACAGCCUAGCCACCCAAAAUAAUGUAGAAUCUACAAGAUACCCUGCUGUAGACCUCUCUAAAGACACUCCAGAAGAUGCCAUCUACUCUACAACCCAGCCACCCAAAAUAAUGUAGAAUCUACAAGAUACCCUGCUGUAGACCUCUCUAAAGACACUCCAGAAGAUGCCAUCUACUCUACAGCCCAGCCACCCAAAAUAAUGUAGAAUCUACAAGAUACCCUGCUGUAGACCUCUCUAAAGACACUCCAGAAGAUGCCAUCUACUCUACAGCCCAACUACCCAAAGAUACUGUAGAAUCUAGAAGAUACCCUGCUGAAGACCUCUCUAAAGACACUCCAGAAGAUGCCAUCUACUCUACAGCCCAACUACCCAAAGAUACUGUAGAAUCUACAAGAUACCCUGCUGUAGACCUCUCUAAAGACACUCCAGAAGACACCAUCUACUCUACAGCCCAGCCACCCAAAAUAAUGUAGUAGUAUAUAAUCUUUACAAGAGAUGCAUCCCAAAUGACAUCCUAUUAUCUUCCCCCAUAUGGACCCUGGUCAAAGGCAGUGUUCUAUAGAGAACAAGGUGACAUCUGGGAUGAAGAGAAGCUCCCUGUAGAGAGAUGAAGGGUUGUCACCACAGAGCCGCCAUCUUGGAAUGACAUGAAGAAAACAAUCCCUUUCCUGUUUCAAAUCCUCCUUGACAUUUUGUAUUACAACAGCUCACGUGGUUUUACUGUAUAUAAUAUAUGUAAAAUAGGAACAUCUGGCUUCAAAAUCACUUUUAGUUCCACAUUUUGUGAAAAUCAACCAACAUUAUUGUUUGUGUUUUAUCAUAUAAUUUUUGCUUCAUUUAGUCUGUUAUAUGUUUGUGUUUUAUCAUAUAAUUUUUCCUUCAUUUAGUCUGUUAUAAUAAUGAAGACAGUAAUACCAUAAUAGUUAACUGUAUCUUUGAGAUUUACAUAGCUAUUGUAUAUGUACAUAAAC